CGUUGCUGUGGUAGCGGCGGGCGCCAUGUUGGGACAGACGGGAAGCGUUUAGGCGGCAGGUUCCGGUCGCUCAUUGUUGUCCUCCAAGCCGGGUUUGUUGUGGAGAGCGCCGGCUUCCUCAUGCCCAGGAUCGGCCGGCGGCGGGCGGAGUGAGGUCACCAUGCCUUUUCCACUGACAAACCAGGGAACACCGCAGCAAGCCCAGAAGAACUUUGGCAUCACCUCCCCGAUCAGUUUAGCGGUUCCUAAGGAAACAGAUUGCACCCUGACCCAGAAGCUCAUAGAAACGUUGAAACCUUUUGGUGUGUUUGAAGAAGAGGAGGAAUUACAGAGGAGAAUUUUAAUUUUGGGGAAACUGAACAAUUUAGUUAAAGAAUGGAUUCGUGAAAUCAGUGAACUCAAGAAUUUACCGCAGUCUGUAAUUGAGAAUGUCGGAGGCAAGAUAUUCACUUUUGGGUCAUACAGAUUGGGCGUCCACACGAAAGGCGCUGAUAUUGAUGCCUUGUGUGUGGCACCCAGACAUGUCGACAGAAGCGACUUUUUUUCUUCCUUUUAUGAAAAGUUGAAGCUGCAAGAUGAAGUAAAGGACCUCCGUGCUGUGGAAGAAGCUUUUGUACCUGUGAUCAAGCUUUGCUUUGAUGGAAUAGAGAUUGAUAUUUUAUUUGCAAGACUUGCACUUCAGACAAUUCCUGAAGACCUGGACCUACGAGAUGAUAGCCUGCUAAAGAAUUUAGACAUAAGAUGUAUACGGAGCCUUAAUGGUUGCAGAGUAACCGAUGAAAUCCUCCAUUUAGUACCCAACAUCGAUAAUUUCAGGUUAACUUUGAGAGCAAUUAAACUAUGGGCCAAGCGCCAUAACAUAUACUCCAACAUCUUAGGAUUUCUUGGUGGUGUCUCCUGGGCUAUGUUGGUGGCAAGAACAUGCCAGUUGUAUCCAAAUGCAAUAGCAUCCACACUGGUCCACAAGUUUUUUCUGGUGUUUUCGAAGUGGGAAUGGCCAAAUCCAGUUUUGCUGAAGCAGCCAGAAGAGUGUAAUCUUAAUUUACCUGUUUGGGAUCCAAGGGUGAAUCCCAGUGACAGAUACCACCUCAUGCCCAUCAUCACGCCAGCCUACCCACAGCAGAACUCUACCUACAACGUGUCUGCGUCCACACGAAUGGUCAUGGUAGAAGAAUUCAAGCAAGGGUUGGCCAUCACAGAUGAGAUCUUGCUGGGUAAAGCAGAUUGGUCCAAACUUUUUGAUGCUCCCAACUUCUUUCAGAAAUACAAGCAUUAUAUUAUUCUGCUCGCAAGUGCACCAACCGAAAAACAGCAUCUUGAAUGGGUGGGUUUAGUAGAGUCGAAGAUCCGUAUCCUCGUUGGAAGUCUAGAGAAGAAUGAAUUUAUCACACUCGCUCAUGUGAACCCUCAGUCAUUCCCAGCUCCUGGAGAAAACCCAGAAAAGGAAGAAUUCCAGACCAUGUGGGUUAUUGGAUUGGUGUUCAAAAAGAUGGAAAACUCAGAAAAUCUCAGCGUGGACCUUACUUACGACAUCCAGGCCUUUACGGACACUGUUUACAGGCAGGCAAUAAACAGCAAAAUGUUUGAAAUGGACAUGAAGAUUGCAGCAAUGCACGUGAAAAGGAAGCGACUGCAUCAGCUCCUCCCGACACACGUAUUGCCGAAAAAGAAAAAGCAUUCAAUGGAGGGCGUGAAGCUCGUCUCCCUCAAUGACAGCAGCUUGGACCUAUCGAUGGACAGUGACAACAGUAUGUCUGUGCCUUCUCCCACCAAUGCUACGAAGAGUAGUCCAUUGAAUGCCUCAGGAUUGUCCCAGGGUAGAAGCAGUCCAGCGGUACCUGUCAACUCUUCAGCCACGACCACAGCUGCUGCAGAAGUCAUUGCACCUCCGAGCAAUCCCGGCGAUACGUCAUGGGAUAACCUCAACGAUAGCAUUCCUUCUGAUACUGCCAUGCAGCCAGCUAAUUCCUCGACACCGAAGCCUGUGGUGUCCAGAGUCGUGACCGCAACCCGCUUGGUGAACCAAGUCUCAAAGCCUUCAACGAACAUAGCGGCAAAAUUGCCCAGUCCUGUAUCUUCUGGUAUAAAGCGGUCUUCCUCAUCACCGAAAGAGGAGAGUCCGAAGAAAACCAAAAUCGAAGAGGAUGAACUCUAUGCCUGUACUGCGAAUGAGGUGGAGGAAUCACAGAAAGUUGAAGUGGAAGUUGUAAAGGAGCAAGAUGGAGACGUGAAAUCCUCAUCCCCUGUCCCCGGAGCUCUGCCAUCUUCUCAGCGAUCGUCCAGUACCGAUCUGUCUGAUAUCCCCGCACUACCGGCUAACCCUAUCCCAGUUAUCAAGAAUUCUAUAAAACUAAGACUGAACCGGUAAAACUCCCCCCAGUUUUAGUUCCUCAGGGUCCAUAAACGAUCUCUCCGCCAGAUGAACAGUGGUCUCCUGGAAGUGCUGGAGAAGACGAGUACCGAAGCGUGGUGUUACUAAAGGAAAAAAUUUAAAAAUAGUUUAAAUAAUUGUAUUGGCCUGUAAGCACCGAUCUGGAAGUCCAGGUUAGUACGAUGUCUGAAGCAGCAGUAACUGGUCGCCAUUUACCGUAAAGGACUGAAAUCUUGGGCGAUCAGACUGAUCACUGCAUCUGUACUCAACGAUAGUUCAUGUAUCGCUCGCAGAAAUUGACAAUACAACCGGCCUAAGCUCUCAGCAGACGCACUUUUAUGUUUCGUUUCUUUUAACCGUAGUGAGGAACUUUUAGAUGGGUUUCUUUUAAUUGUCCUUUUUCGGUUUCAUUCAUGUGCUAGAAUUUUUUGCAUGUUGGAUCCCAACACUGGACUCGUCAUUUUGAUGGGUUUUCCCCCUUGAAGAAAAAAAAAUGGAAGUGAAAAGUUGAUGUUUUUGUCUUACUGUCACUAGGAUCAUUUGUGCGAGUUCUGAUGCGACAAGAGGCCAAGUUCAAGGGUAUUUUUUUUUUUCCUGCCUCCUCACAUAAUUCACACUGGUCAUAUACGUUAUAGCCUUCGUUUCCCGCUCAUGCAAUCUCUUGGGGGAGACGCGGCUUCCCGCUCACAGCAGUAGACGUGUGCCUUUGUCACAUGACACACAACGGCCAAUGAGAAGAGCGGCGGUUUCUUUCGGUGAUAUCGGGUUCUGGGUUUUUAGUUUUUUGCUGUAGUCACGCUGCAGAGUGCAGCAAAGGUAGAAACGAUCAGGUACAAGUCAAGUAACUUGUCUGGUUUGGAAUUCUUUGAGAACUUAAGCUGUGAUUUGUCCUUUAAGCUAUGUAGGGUACUGGGUGUCUGUAGGAACGUUAGGGGUUAAUUAAAUGAAUCAGUGGGAAGUGCAAACCCGAAGCAAGUUACUCAGGGCGUGAAUGCCCGUGCAGCAAGCGAACUCCCCACAAGAUUUUCGGAUGGUGACCUUCUCUGUACUUUUGUGACCAUUUGCAUCGUGCAAACUUUAAAAGGGUUUUAGCGCCACUCAUGGCUGGAUGCAAUAUCGCAGGUCAUCUCCAUUCAAGUGAGUACUGAACUACCAGACUAAGGGUAUGGACAAGAUCAGCGUGGGGGAGGGGAUGCAGAAACACUUUUUUUUUUAAAGCCUGGAAAACGCCUCCUAACCUUUACAGUCUGGCAUAGCUGUAUAUAUUAUUUUUACUUUAAGCCCUGUGCAAUGAUUACGACUUGCUUCCCCACCCAAUCGUACUACAUUUUGGCAGUCCCCCAUGACCAGGCCUAUGCGUAUCCCAUGUAGUUACUCCAACCACAAGGUUACAGUAGUCGUCUGUUUACUCCAGAGGAUAAGCCCCCCCCCCGAUUCAUUGUUCGCAGCCUUCUAGAAACCUAAGAUGUUCAUAUUGUUUUUUCUUUUCCAUUCUGCCCCCACCCCCAUGACAACGUUGGCCUUUUCUUUUUUUUUUUUUUUCUUUUUUUUGCCCACUUUCUGUGUUGUAACUUUUAACUCUUAGUUUCCACCGGUUCGGACUGUUGCUUCCGCAUGAUGUAUGUAUCGUCUCAUGACUGGAGUUUGCUUUGUUUUUUAGUCCCCGUUCUCCUUGUAUUUUUCAGAAGCUAUUUUGUAAACAGAUGAUGUAUUUCUCAAUUGAAAAAAAAAAUAUACAAAAAUAAAAAAAAAUAAAAACUGCACA